AUGUGGGCACCAAGAAAGAGGAUGGGGAGAGCACAGCCCCCACCCCUCGUCCAAAGGUCUUGCGUUGUAAAUGCCACCACCAUUGUCCAGAAGACUCGGUCAACAAUAUCUGCAGACGGAUACUGUUUCACAAUGAUAGAGGAAGACGACUCGGGGAUGCCUGUGGUCACUUCUGGAUGCCUAGGACUAGAAGGUUCAGAUUUUCAGUGUCGGGACACUCCUAUUCCUCAUCAAAGAAGAUCAAUUGAAUGCUGCACAGAAAGGAAUGAAUGUAAUAAAGACCUCCACCCUACUUUGCCUCCACUGAAAAACAGAGAUUUUGUUGAUGGACCUAUACACCACAAGGCCUUACUUAUAUCUGUGACUGUCUGUAGUUUGCUAUUGGUCCUUAUCAUUUUAUUUUGUUACUUCAGGUAUAAAAGACAAGAAACCAGACCUCGGUACAGCAUUGGGCUGGAACAGGAUGGAACUUACAUUCCUCCUGGAGAAUCCCUGAGAGACUUAAUUGAGCAGUCUCAAAGCUCAGGAAGUGGAUCAGGCCUCCCUCUGCUGGUCCAAAGGACUAUAGCUAAGCAGAUUCAGAUGGUGAAACAGAUUGGAAAAGGUCGCUAUGGGGAAGUUUGGAUGGGAAAGUGGCGUGGCGAAAAGGUAGCUGUGAAAGUGUUCUUCACCACAGAGGAAGCCAGCUGGUUCAGAGAGACAGAAAUCUAUCAGACAGUGUUGAUGAGGCAUGAAAACAUUUUGGGGUUCAUUGCUGCAGAUAUCAAAGGGACUGGGUCUUGGACCCAGCUCUACCUCAUCACAGACUAUCAUGAAAACGGUUCCCUUUAUGAUUACCUAAAGUCCACCACCCUAGACACUAAAUCCAUGUUGAAGUUAGCCUACUCUUCUGUCAGUGGCUUAUGUCAUUUACACACAGAAAUCUUCAGUACUCAAGGCAAACCAGCGAUUGCACACCGAGAUCUGAAAAGUAAGAACAUCCUGGUGAAGAAAAAUGGAACUUGCUGCAUAGCUGACCUGGGCCUGGCUGUUAAAUUUAUUAGUGAUACAAAUGAAGUUGACAUACCACCCAACACUCGUGUUGGCACCAAGCGCUACAUGCCUCCAGAGGUGUUGGACGAGAGCUUGAAUAGAAACCACUUUCAGUCUUACAUCAUGGCUGAUAUGUACAGYUUUGGACUCAUCCUUUGGGAGGUUGCUCGGAGAUGUGUUUCAGGAGGUAUAGUGGAAGAAUACCAGCUUCCCUAUCACGACCUGGUGCCCACYGACCCCUCUUACGAGGACAUGAGAGAGAUUGUGUGCAUCAAGAAGUCACGGCCCUCAUUCCCCAAUCGCUGGAGCAGUGAUGAGUGUCUAAGGCAGAUGGGGAAACUCAUGACAGAGUGCUGGGCUCACAAUCCUGCAUCAAGGCUGACAGCCCUGCGUGUUAAGAAGACACUUGCAAAAAUGUCAGAGUCUCAGGACAUUAAACUCUGAUAUGAGGGUAAAGGAAGCAUCUCCGCCGAAGGCCAAUAGAUACUCGUCUGCUGUGGGCAGAGCAAAAGGUGUUAAAGAAGCAUCUGCAGUCCAAGCCUCGAAUGUUGUCCUGCUUCUUGGUGGGUUCAGACCUUACCUCUCAGGGAGCAGCCUGGACAUAGAGUAGAGAAGUUCCCASAACCACAGAUUCCUCUGUGUCUGUUUGUAGGAGGGAGAAACCGCUUGGGUAACUUAUUCAAGAUACGAUGCAUGUUGCUUUCUAAGAAAGCCCUGUAUGUUGGGAUUGCCAUUUUUUUAAAAAAAGAUGCUUUAAUUUUGCCAAAAUAAAACAAAUAUUGUAUAUGUUUUAAGGUUUAUACUAUUAUAGUUUAAUGAUAACAAAAGUUCUUCCCAGAAACUGUGUUGGAAGGUAAAUUAAAAUAUAUGUUUUUCCAUUGGUAGAAUAUGUUGCACUCUAACAAAAGACCGUCUGUGAAAUUGGAGAACAUAGAAUGGAACUCAUCUUAAGAUAACCCCCAACCUGGCCUCCUCCAACCUGGCCUCCUCCUACCACUUUGGCCAGCCCUGCAUUUGGGGCUGCCACAACAAUGUGAAUGCAUGUGGGCACAAGUUCUACCUUUCUGGGAACAUGUUUUGGAAUUCCUGCAGGUGGCCUUUUGCAGCUUCAGACAACAUGGAACAAAUGAAGGUUUUAUGUGUCUGUAAUAGAAGUGUUGAUGGGUGUUCUUCAGAACCACUUCUGUCUCUGAUUGUGUUCGGCUGUUCUUUCAUGGUGAAAUCCCCUCCUUUUCAUUAAACACAAGCAAAGCUUUUUCUCAUGUGCAGAGAAUUGACCUGUGCAUGCUUUUGAUCUCUCAAAUAGAAAGAUCAAUAUUAAAUAAAAUGGCCAUGAGUUGUGUUAAAGACAAGGUACUCUAAAAUAAUUUGCUAUUGUGUUGUAAGAACAUGUCAGCAAGGUAGGGAGGACRCUGAAGGUGCAGAUGACUUGUUUCUCAUAUGUGCAAAGGAGCCUAUCUCAGAAGCACAAGGAAAGAAGUAUGCACAUCUUAUUUUGUAUGGUUAAGGAUGGUUUAUUUUUGUUCUUUUUUCUUAUCUGAAUUAAGAGAUAGAGGGGAAGCAUCUGUCUGGUUAAUUUCAUUAAACUUUAAUUUAAAAAUAGAUAAAUAUAACCUUCAGAUAGAAUAGCAGAAGAGAGUUAGUGGAGACCACAAGAUAUUAUGGCUGCUGUGAUUUAUUWUGCUAGAAUAGAUAUGGUUCUAACAUGGGCAUCUUCAAUGAUCAUUUCACAUCUUAAGAUCACUGGCUCACUUUAUUCUUGUGAUGUUCAAUUCACUAUCUAAUUUAUUAUUGUUUUUCUGCUCUGUAAUACUUGCGUAAAAUAUUUCUCCAUUUUAACUUUUGAGCAAUAGGAAUAAAAUUAUCGACAGUGCCAAUAUUCCCUAGCAACAAGAAUCUUAUAGUUUUAAACUGUGCACACUGUUCUCAUUUUUUUUUCAUUUCAUUUCCUUACAGUGGUUUUCCUUUGCUUCUUUAGUAGUUAGUUAAAAAAAAAAAAAAAAAAAAAAGUCAGCACUUCCCCCUUGGUGUUUAAAAAAGACAUUCCUUCCAGAAUACUCCAGGGGGCAGUGUUUUCUAAUGCAUUUUCAGCGGGUGACUGAAGGAUGGAAAGUUUUUGAAAAAUUGACAGCUGCAUGAAAAAUGAGAAAAUAUUUUUCUCACUUCUAAAGUAGACCUGUAGCUGGUGUCUUGUUCAUCCAGAGAACACUCUGAAGCAAUGAGUGCAUGGGAGACUGCUUUCGGUUUAGGAAAAUCAUGAGACAUGCAGCACUCUCCAUUCUGCAUUCAUUUCCCUGGGUUUCUUCAUAGCAACGUUUUGUUUUUCACUCAGAACAAUUUCUGAAUCCUUGAGUUUGAAAAAAACUUAGGAGUAAAAACAAUUGGUACCAAAUAUAAUUGUAGUCAGAAGGCUGCUUACUGAUAUUAAAGUAACCUCAAUAGCAAUGUAAAGGUUCGUGUCUGUUGUGUCAAAUUAUAUUUUUUUGUGAUAGUUUAGAAGGAAUACAAGGUUAGAACUAAGUGUGAUGAUCACCUGAGCCUUGGAGAGAAACUUUGGUGCCUCUAAUCAGAUCAUCUACAAGCAAGUAAGUAAGCAUUUUUGCCAGUUAAGCAGGGCAUAGUGUUUUUUUCUUGGGUUUCCCUAAAUGUAAGUGAGGUUGGGUUCACCUCUUAGAUAAAACUGUGAUGUCUUUUUCUUGAACAUGAAUAACUUCAAAUGAGAAAAUUUUGUGGAGAGGUUAUGAUUUAAAAGUAAACGAGAUUUCUAGGGUUCCAGUGGAUAGAAGGAAAUUCAAAGAGUGUCCAAAUUUCUUCUUUGUUGUUCAUUUGGUUGCUUUGGGGAAAACCGAUAGCUUACUUUAUAAUCCCCAACCUGAUUUAUUUACUAUGAAAAUUUGAAAAUGAUUCCUGAAAUAUUUAAAAAUACCCACAUAGCUAUGAUAGUAUUUCAGUGAAACAAGAAUUUGUUUAUGAAUAGAUUUUUUUUCCCCCCUCGGUAUCUUACCAAAAUAUACUUUUCUUAGGUAAUACUAAAUUGUUCUUGAAGACUACCUACUCAGCUCCCAAUAAUCCUUUAUAGUUUUUAAAUUUCUAGCAGCUAAGUGAAUUUUAUUUUUAUUAUUAUUAUUUUGUUUUGUCUUUCAAUUGAACGAGUGAGAACCUGACAGUCAUGUAGUUGAUUGCUUAUUUUCUUCUAACCCCUCUGUCCCAAAGGAAUUCUAAAUUAUUAGUUGUUAGAUAAGCUUUGUAUGCUAAGACGUUCAGGUUUAUAGCUUAUGUAUGUGUGUACAUAUUAUUAUAAAUAUAGAUGUAUAUAUAAAUAUUAUGUUCAGUCUGGAGUCUGGCACAACUCCAUUAUGUGGAUUAGAGAGUAAAAUAUUAUGGAUGAUAAAGUACUAAAUGAAACAUAAUAUUUAUUUAUGAAAGCAUAUAAGAUUGUUAACUCACCAGUGAAGUGCUCUGAGCAUCAUGUAUGAGGAGACCUGCCUUUGACCUGGAAGCGCUGCUCAAGAGUCACUCGCGACAAUUCUUUUUAUUCCCCAAAAGAAAUCUUCUUAGAAAACAUGCUGGGGUUUUAUUUAAAGGGAAUUUUUGGAUUCUGCAUUUCAAUUGGUGUGUAGUCAAGUAUAGCAUGUACUUAAUUAAUGGCCGAAUUGCGUGCUCCUAGGGUCAUGCGUUUUCUUUUGGAGUUUCAUGUGGGGCCCAUCCUGGCUCCUUGGAAGGCAGAGAGAGGAGAGUCUUCCACACUUGAGUUUGUUCAGUCCUAAUAUCUCCUCAGGAAACUGUCCCAUAGCAGUGAGAAUGAAAGGAGUAGCAUCAAAAGCGAUUUAGUUUAGCAAGUAUUCCUCUCACAAAACAAACACAACAAUGCCAUGUUUGGGGGAGAAAAGUUGGGAAUAUAGAGGGGUUUUGUUGUCUGUCUGUUUCAGAAGAAGACUCAUUUGUGUUCUUCRGGGGAACCAGUGCCUUAAGAAUUUGUAUAUACUGUAAUUAUUCAGAACUAGGGAACAAACAAUUGUAUUUGUUACAAAUUGUAUAUGGCUUUGUUUUAACA